UUUUUUUUUUCUUUUUUUUUUUUCCUUUUCUUUUAUUUCGGACGUCGGCACGCGCAGAGGACUGUGUAAUUCAAAGGGGGGGGAAAAAAAAGAACAGAAGAAAAGAUCACGUCAAGACUUCGCGAUCCAGGAUCAGAACAAAAGACGGACCUAGCUUUCUUUGAAUUGUACGUCAAGAAUGGUUACUAUAAUCAGCACCAUGGAAACCCAGGUGUCUAACGGUCCAAGCGGAACCAGUAUGCCCAACGGUCCAGUCAUCAGCACCAACGGCUCCACGGACGACAGCAAAACCAACCUGAUCGUAAACUAUCUGCCUCAGAACAUGACCCAGGAGGAGUUCAAGAGUUUGUUCGGUAGCAUCGGAGAAAUUGAAUCCUGCAAGUUAGUCAGGGACAAAAUCACAGGUCAGAGUUUGGGAUACGGAUUUGUCAACUACGUGGAUCCAAACGAUGCGGACAAGGCCAUCAACACGCUCAACGGUCUCAAACUGCAAACCAAAACAAUCAAGGUAUCAUAUGCCCGGCCAAGCUCGGCUUCUAUUCGUGACGCCAACCUUUAUGUAAGUGGACUCCCCAAGACCAUGAGCCAAAAAGACAUGGAGCAGUUGUUCUCCCAAUACGGUCGCAUCAUCACAUCCCGCAUCCUAGUGGACCAAGUUACAGGCAUAUCGCGAGGAGUGGGCUUUAUUCGAUUUGACAAGCGAAACGAAGCAGAGGAGGCCAUCAAAGGUUUGAACGGACAGAAGCCUUUGGGCGCCGCUGAGCCCAUCACUGUUAAAUUCGCAAACAAUCCCAGUCAGAAGACGGGCCAGGCCUUACUGACUCAGCUGUACCAGACCGCCGCCCGCCGAUACACCGGGCCCCUGCACCACCAGACCCAGCGAUUCAGUGUGAUCCCUUCACUUGGAAAGGGACCAGACCCAAAUAGCAGCUCAAAACCAAUACUCGACAAUUUACUAAACGCCAGCUACGGAGUCAAGAGCUCUCCUGCUCUUUUCCCCAGAUUCUCGCCCAUCACCAUCGACAGCAUGACCAGCCUGGCCGGCGUCAACCUCACCGGUCCGACCGGAGCCGGCUGGUGCAUCUUCGUGUACAACCUGUCCCCGGAGGCGGACGAGAGCGUCCUGUGGCAGCUCUUCGGGCCGUUCGGCGCCGUCACCAACGUCAAGGUCAUCCGUGACUUCACCACCAACAAAUGCAAGGGCUUCGGCUUCGUCACCAUGACCAACUACGACGAGGCUGCCAUGGCCAUCGCCAGCCUCAACGGCUACCGCCUGGGCGACCGCGUGCUGCAGGUGUCCUUCAAGACCAGCAAGCAGCACAAGGCCUGAGCGAGCGAGCGAGCGAGGGCGCGAGGCCGACCCUGACGCCGACGACUUCGACCCGCGGGAGGGGGGGGAGCAGACUGAGUUUCCUGUUUUGUCACUCCACAAACCGGCCUGGACUGAGUCUCUUGGCCGACCUCUGACUCUCUCUCUCUCUUUCUUUCUAUCUCUCUCUCUCUUUCUUUCUCUCUCUCUCUCUCUCUCUCUCUCUAAAACAUUUCUACACAAAUUCAAAGUAUAUUAUCGCAGAGCAAAGACAUGCAGAUAAUCACAGAGACACAUACCCGAACACACACACGUGGCCAAACAUAUCCAUACGCGGGGCAUACACACGUGAGAGUUUUUCAACCGACACACCAGUGGAGUUUUUCGUUUUUUUUUUUUCUCCCUCUUCACACGACAUGCUAGUCCUUCCCCUCCGUUUGCCUGGAUUGAAUUAGAAGGCGCCCAAAGCCGGUUUGCCGGCGGGUCGCGAGUGUGAGCGCAGUUUUUGUUUUGUUUUUUCCGCGGAAUGUGUACCGAUCGCUCAUUGAUUGAAUUCAGGCAAAUGACGACGAACAAAAAAAAAAAAAAUGAGCGAAAAAAAUCUAAACGAACAAAUAUGUGCAAUUUUCCCUCCAAACUCUUACCCCCCUAACCCCCCCCCCCAAUAUCUCUCCAACCCUUCCUGCUGGAGUGGAUGAAGUCACUUUUUUUACACUUUAAGAAUUUUGAAUCAGCAAUUUUUUUAGAUCAAAGAAAAGUAAAUGGAAAAAAAAAAAAAACACACACACAGUGUUCUCUUAUAUACGUCUAUUGAAAUAUAACUAUAUAUUCAAUAUUUAAGGUGGUCAUAAUAGCCAAGUAUGUAAGCAUUUUCUAGAAACUUUUUGACUACUGUUUCCUGACCUGCGUUAGCUGGUGCCUAGCUUAAACAACAGGCAGUUUCUCUAACCCCCCCGUCAAAUUUCAACCCGGCGCCGGAAAAAGAGCGUUUGCGGUGGCUGUCAGCGUUAGGGCGAGAAGUGCGAUUGUCGGCGGCAAAAAGUCUAGAUACAGGAUGUUUUCUGAGUCUAUCCUCCACAUGAAGUCAAGGCAUACGGGUUGUGUCUGUAAACUCCGAGCAGACGGGCAGUACUUGCGUGGUGACGGCGUUCAUUAGCAAUUCUGGAGUGGGUAAAAGAGAGAGAGAGAGAGACGAGAAGCUAAAAUUGAGAGAGAGAGAGAGAGAGAGAGGCAGUCACGAAACAGCGAGAAAAAUUACCGGUGUCCUGGCCAAUUUUGCGUCGUUUUCAAAAAAAAAAACAAAAAAAACCAAACAAUUGCACAUUAGUCGAUAUUGUCGUUCGAGGCAGUACGAGUUUGCAUGGCUUCGACGGCCUUUGAUCCGGUUUGUUUCAUCGCGUGAAUGAAGAGUCGACGGGAACAGAUUGAGUUUGUUUCCGAACGUCGACUGCUGCUGUGCUUGUCGCAUAAUAGGGAUUCAAAGCUGCGGGGGGAAAGGGAAAAAAAAAAAAAAAAAGAAAAAAGUUACUCAGAAAACAAUGGGCUGAACAACACUGAACAAGGUCUAGACAGGUCUGCAUAAAUGAGCAAAAGAAGCCACAGCACCGGUAUCGUUCUCUUGGCUGAACGCGCAGAUAGGAGCUAACUGAGCAAAUGAGGUCAACAUUUUUUUGCAUUUCAGCAAAAAAAAAAAAAAAAAUGAAAAGAAGAAAAGUGGCCUCUGCCGUACGAGUAAUCCAUCGAGCAGAUAAAAUAGGCCGCGGUCCCUAACGGCUGCACAUUUACAGCAGACCGGGGAGGAGUCGCAGUCGCAGUCGCGCGAGCGAUGAUACCCGACACAGCUACGCUUAUCGACGAUCCUUUGAGGAUGGAUAAACCAACCGCUUGCGUUUCUCAUCGGUUUCAUUUGAAGCCCCCCCUCGAUUCUGACCUCUCUGAAAACAACUGUACGAAACAACAACAACAACAACAACAGGACUCAAAACACACGAUGUCACACCCGCGUACGAUUCUGGCAAGAACUGGAAAGCCAGUCAAACA